AUGGUCUUUGAAAAUCCCAACCUCCAAGUUCCGCGCAACUGUGGCCGGCGGCUGAUGCCCGCCGUGCUUGACGAAGUGGCCGAGAGCGAUCCCGAGCGUGUGUUCGUCUCAGUCCCCAGAAGUUCCAAUCUAGCCGAUGGCUUCAAGGACAUUCCAUAUGGCACGUUCGCCAAGGCCGUGAACAAAUGUGCCUGGUAUCUGCGUGAGCAACUGGGCAAGGACUCCAUCCCCAAGACCAUUCUCUAUAUGGGUCCACUGGAUGUGCGAUACCUCAUCAUCAUCCUGGCGGCAGCCAAGGCAGGCCACAUGGCCUUCUUCAGCUCGCUUCGCAACAGCUUAGAAGCCCAUUUGUCUUUGCUUGACAAGUCUGGCUGCGACACGGUCCUUGUGCCCAGUCGCGCACCGGCCAUCCUGAGUCAGAUCUUUGCCACACGCCCUAUGGAGCAGAUCGCCACUCCUGAAGUGGACUUCUUCUUCGAAGACUUAGACCAAGUCGAGCCGAUCCCCUUCACCCUGACGUGGGAAGAGGCCAAAACCAAGCCCUUCUGCGUACUACACACAUCCGGCUCGACAGGCAUCCCGAAGCCCGUCUUUGUAACCUACGGCACCUUCGCCAGCAACGACGCCCACCAGCUCAUCCCCUCCCUCGGCGGCAAACCAACCCUAAUCAACUAUCUCUCAGGCCAGCGCCUCUUCCUUGCGCUCCCCGUCUUUCACGCCGCAUGUCUCACCUUCACCCUUGUCUUCAACAUCUUCGGCGGCGUCACCUGCGUCCUCCCGCCCCCAGAACCCCUAACCGCCGACCUGGCCAACCAAGCCUUCCUCCACGGCAACCUCGACGGCGCCCUCAUGGCCCCCUCCCUAAUAGUCGACUGCUACAACCACAACACCUACUGCGUAAACAUGGUCCAACGGCUCAAAUUCCUCUCCUACGUCGGCGGCGCCCUCCCCGAAGAAGUCGGCAAUGUCCUCACCACCCGCAUAAAACUCAUGACCAUGAUGGGCUCCUGCGAAACCGCCCUCCACCCCCUAGAGCUCAACCCCGACCCCGCAGAUUGGCAAUACCUCACCAUCAGCCCCUUCCUGGGCCACUCAUUCCGUAAAGACCGCGACGGCCUCUCCGACCUCGUCUUCACCCGGGACCCCCGCUUCGAACUCUUCCAAGGCGUGUUCCGCACUUUCCCGGAUAAAGCUGAAUUCGCCAUGGGCGAUCUCUUCGAACAACACCCCCACCGACCAGAAUCAUGGGUCUUCCGCGCCCGCACAGAUGAUAUCAUUGCCUUUACCACCGCCGAGAAACUCAACCCCAUUACUAUGGAAACAGUCAUUUCCACAAACGCAAAGGUGAAGUCCGCCGUCGUGGGCGGUCAGGGCCAGUUCCAGGCCUCCGUCCUCAUUGAACCCUAUACUUAUCCCCAAAGCAAGGAGGAAGAGGACCAGUUUAUACGGGAUAUCUGGCCCAGUAUUCUGCAGGCGAAUCGGGAUUGUCCGGCUCAUGGACGCAUUAUGCGUGGGUUUGUGAUGCUGACGAAGCCCGAGAAGCCGAUGCCUAGGGCCGGGAAGGAUACUGUGCAGCGGCAUCAGGUGUUGAAGUUGUAUGCGGAGGAGUUUCGGGAGUUGUAUGAGCGCAUGAGGCCGCAUGUCAAGAAGGAUGGUGUCGCUCUGGAGGCAGGGGUGGAGAAAGGGCCUGUGGAGGUGAAUGGUGACGGUGGUAGUGGUGGUGGUAGUGGUGGUGGUGGUGAUGAUGAUCUGGAUCGUAGGGUGGAGGAGGCCUUGCAGCGGGUGUUGCCUGGGGCUGUUGAACGGGCUGUGCAGGAUGUGCUGGCGCGGUUGCUCGCUGGGUUGACGGGGCAGUCAUCAGCUGUGGUUUCGCAAAGUGCUCCUGAGAAGCCGUCGGUGCAUGUCAAUGGAACGGUGAAUGGGGCGGCUGAGACUACUAAUGGUGUGGAGGAGGCAGUCCAGACGGGACCUCCUGAGUUGAAGAAGGUCAUUUAUGACCAGCUGGGUGAAAAUAUCGAUAUCAAGGACAUCAAGGAUGACUCGGAUUUGUUUCAAUUCGGGUUGGACUCCCUGGUGGUUAUUGAUUUGACUAACGCCCUGAACACGUACAUUAUCAAGUGGCGGCCGGGGAAGGAGUUGUUGGAGCCCAAGGUGGUGUACGAUAACCCAACCGUAGAACGGAUAUUGAAUCUGGUUGAGGGUGCUGGCGAAGUAUAA